CCGCGGCCGGGGCUGGGGCGGGGCGGCGCAAGAUGGCGGCGGAGCGGGAGCCCCCGCCGCUGGGGGAGGCGCGUCCCGCCGAGCUGGAGGAGCUGGAGGACGGCGAGGAGCUCUUCGCCAGCACCGUGUCCACCAUGGAGUACUUUGUGAGCUUCUGAAACAGUUUCAGUGAAAACCAGCCAGAUGGCCUGGAGCAACUGGAGUACUAUGGUGGUCUGCCUGUCAGCCUACUGAGACCCCACCAAAGGAGGCUUGGCACAGCUCAAACAGUAACCAGGUGCACAAUUAAGGGAUAAAGCUGGAAGCCAUCUGCUGUGUACAUCAAGUCCUUCAUCUCCAGAGCCAGCAAGUCUUCCUGCAGAAGAUCUCAGCACAAACUCCAAUGGUCCAAAGCCGACAGAAAUCAUGCUAGAUGAUGAUAGAGAAGACCUCUUUGCUGAAGCCACAGAAGAAGUUUCGUUGGACAGUCCGGAGAGGGACCCAAUACUUUCACCAGAACCUACUCCUGCAAUCACUCCUGUGACACCUACUACGUUAGUAGCUCCCAGAAUGGAAUCGAAAAGUGUAACAUCCCCUGCCAUUUUCGAUAGAUCCAGAGAAGAGAUUGAAGAAGAAGCAAAUGGGGAUAUGUUUGAUAUAGAAAUCAAUGUAUCAGAUCCAGAGAAAGUUGGGGAUGGCAUGAACGCUUAUAUGGCAUACAGAGUAACAACAAAGACAUCCCUUUCUAUGUUUCACAAAAAUGAAUUCUCUGUUAAAAGAAGAUUCAGUGAUUUUCUUGGCUUGCACAGCAAAUUAGCAACAAAGUACAUGCAUAUUGGUUACAUUGUGCCUCCAGCUCCAGAAAAAAGUAUUGUAGGCAUGACCAAGGUUAAAGUAGGCAAGGAAGAUUCUUCAUCUACUGAAUUUGUAGAAAAAAGAAGAGCAGCUCUAGAAAGGUAUCUACAGCGAACAGUAAAACACCCAACCUUGUUACAAGAUCCAGAUUUAAGGCAGUUCUUGGAAAGUUCUGAGCUGCCGAGAGCGGUUAACACCCAGGCUCUGAGUGGAGCAGGAAUAUUGAGGAUGGUGAACAAGGCUGCCGACGCUGUCAACAAAAUGACAAUCAAGAUGAAUGAAUCGGAUGCAUGGUUUGAAGAAAAACAGCAGCAAUUUGAGAAUCUGGAUCAGCAACUUAAGAAACUUCAUGCCAGUGUUGAAGCAUUGGUCUGCCACAGAAAAGAACUUUCAGCCAACACAGCUGCCUUUGCUAAAAGUGCUGCCAUGUUAGGUAACUCUGAGGACCACACUGCUCUGUCUAGAGCUUUGUCUCAGCUUGCUGAAGUUGAGGAGAAGAUAGAUCAGUUACAUCAAGAACAAGCUUUUGCUGAUUUUUACGUAUUCUCAGAACUGCUUGGUGAUUACAUUCGUCUUAUUGCUGCAGUAAAAGGUGUGUUUGAUCACCGAAUGAAAUGCUGGCAGAAGUGGCAAGAUGCUCAGGUCACUUUACAAAAAAAACGUGAAGCAGAAGCAAAGCUCCAGCUUGCCAACAAACCUGAUAAGUUGCAGCAAGCUAAAGAUGAGAUAAAAGAGGAAAUUGAAGAGUGGGAGACAAAAGUUCAGCAAGGGGAAAAAGAUUUUGAGCAGAUCUCCAAAACCAUUCGCAAGGAAGUGGGAAGAUUUGAGAAGGAACGAGUGAAAGACUUUAAAACUGUUAUUAUCAAGUACUUAGAAUCAUUAGUGCAAACACAGCAGCAGCUAAUAAAAUACUGGGAGGCAUUCCUACCUGAAGCCAAAGCCAUCGCCUAAAAGAAGAAUAUUCCAAAUGACAAGACACUCUGGAUGUUUGUCCUGGAUAAACCUAAAUUCCACAGUGAAAUCACUUUAAAUCAUCCAAAUAAACCACUAUAUAUUUUAUGAAUUAACAUGUGGCUUUUUUAUAUACUACAGCAUUUUAUUAACAAGCUGCAUGUCCUGACCCUCAUUGAAGUGGACUGUGGCAUGGUGUUCUGCAAUACAUUGCUGAAUUGAACACUAUUGUGUCUUAAUACUUGCACUAAAAUGUGCACUGCAAGGCCAGAAAGCUGAUAUUUUUGUUCUUUACAAUACAAUGUUCUGUAGUUCGUUUACCUGAUCUUUAUGAAACAAAUGUAAUUGCAUCGAUUAAUGUUCACUCAAACAUUCCUGUACAAAAUCAUGUUUUUGUGAUUACAAUAAUAAAGGGAUGUACCUUGUGAAA